UAAUCUUGCUCCAUUUACGCGAUGGCAAAGUGCCUCGAAGUUGCGUGAUGGCUGAGGAAAGUCAACCUACAUUACGAUUGCAAUUAUCUUUAUAGACCCAGGGGACAAGGAGCCUCAGACGGAAGGAAUUAGUGAAGAAGUGAAACGAUUAAAGCGCUUCACCCCCCACCCCCAGUCUCCAGACAGGUUCUCUCAUUACCGUGGUAGAGGACACGAAGACCGGAGGAGACUUCCUGAGGAGAGAAAUGCGGAUAACGACUGGGGAAAUUACGACAGUUUUCCGUUGCUUCAGUGGCAGGAGGUAAGAUGUUUGGGGAGUUGUGUCAUCCGAAGUGGGUCUUGGCACUCUUCUUACUCUGCUGUUUGCACGUAUCAGAGUCUGAUUUCCUGUGGCCAUGUCCUCAAAAAUGUAUUUGCAGACAGGAUACACUAGAAGUCAACUGCUCUUUAAAACACUUAACUGUUGUUCCAGAAGGAUUGCACAUCAGUGCCAGGCGAUUGAACCUUUCUGGCAACCGCUUGAAGACAUUGAGUCGACGACAGUUCUAUGGAUUAGCCCAACUAGAAGAGCUGGACCUUAGUGAAAACAUUAUAUCUAUGAUUGAAGUGGAAGCAUUUCAGGGUGUGAAAAAUCUACGUAUACUAAAAAUAAAAAACAACAGACUUAAGAUCAUCCCUGUUGGGGUCUUCUCUGGUUUGCCAGGUCUUCUCAGCCUGGACAUUAGCAAAAAUGAGAUACUUGUGUUUCUAGACAACACCUUUCAGGAGAUGGUGAACCUGCGGGAAAUGAAUGUAGGGGAAAAUGACUUGGUGUUUAUUUCACAAAGGGCCUUUGUUGGUCUGCAGAGCUUACAAGAGCUGAAUGUGGACCGCAGUAACCUAACCUCUAUCCCUACUGAUGCAUUUUCACAGCUCCAAAGCCUAACCAAACUGCGCCUACGGAGACUCAAUAUUAAUGUAUUGCCCAACAAUGCCUUUCGUCGACUACACCAACUGCGUACACUGCAGAUAAUUCAGUGGCCCUCUUUAGCGAUAUUAAACAGCAAUAGCCUUAUGAAUCUAAACCUCACUACCUUGGUUAUCAGUAACUGCAAUCUGAGUGCCAUACCAUAUGCCUCAUUGCGCCAUUUAACACACCUGAUCUACUUAGAUUUGUCUUACAACCCUAUCACAUCUAUAGAGGGCAAUAUGCUAGGGGAAUUGCUUAGACUUCAGGAAUUCCACUUGGUAGGUGGAAAACUGCUCCGUAUUGAGCCAGGUGCCUUUAGGUGCUUGGUUCACUUUCAGCUGCUAAACGUAUCCUCAAACCGACUUACAACGCUAGAAGAAAGUGCCUUCCAUGCAGUCGGGAACUUACAGACCUUGAGGCUAGACAGAAACCCACUAAUUUGUGACUGUCGGUUACUAUGGGUGGUGCGACGCCGUUUAAGGUUCAAUUUUGAUGGUCGCCAGCCUACAUGUUCUGCAUCUGAACGCAGUCGCAAACGGGAGUUACGUGACUUUUCAGAGGCAGAGCUCUCGAAGGUGUUCAUCUGCAGACAAGCAUGCAUCCUGGAACGUAAGCAGCAAGAAGCAAAAGUGGAGGAAGGAACAAAUGUGCAGUUUGAAUGCAAAGCUGAUGGGUAUCCCCCACCUUUUAUAACUUGGUUAUCACCCCAGCAGACUCCAUACAACUCUAUGGGUAGAAUACGAGUGCACGCCAAUGGAACUCUGGAAGUGCGUUAUGCCCAAGUCAAAGAUACUGGAACUUACAUAUGUAUUGCAGCUAAUGCUGCAGGGAAUGAUACUAUCUCAGCCAGUCUUUAUGUAAGGAACUUCCCUCGAAACUAUACAACUCCCAAUUUUUUUGAUGAUAGUUGGGUUGAAACCUCAUUGCCUCCUUCCACCAACUCAUCAACACAAGUGUCAAGCUCCUACCCCUUUGAUGCCAAGACCCUUGUCAUUGCUACAACUAUGGGGUUCCUUUCUUUUUUAAGCUCUGUGGUCAUCUGUUUUGUGUUCAUGUUCCUUUGGAGCCAAAGUAAGGGCCAGAUAAAGCACACAGCAACCAUUGACUUUGUGCCACGUACAUCGAUGGGAGGAGGUGGAGAUGGUGCAGAUACAGGAAGAUUUACAAUGAAGCUUAUAUGAUAACUAGUAAGGGAAGAAUUUAAGGGAUGCUAAUGUAUGAUACAACAACUAGAACUGUAGAAUCUGUGAACUAUACUGAAAUAAUGGGGGAUAAAUUGGUAGCAUUGCAUUAGCUCUUGCACAACUGCUUUCCAUUCAGUAUUACAAUUAGCAUUUUAUAAGGUCGGUAUAAUUUGCAAAAGAUUAACUGCUGAAACAUUAAAGAGCUUAUUUAAUUUAAAAAAUAAUAAUAAAUUGUUGAUUUGAGAAGUUUACUCCAAAAUAAACACCACCACGGACAACAUGGUUUUAAUCAGGUAAUGUGUAAAGUAUU